AGAUAAAUGAAGGACAAUUGUUGAAAAAAAAAUUUUGUGGUCCAUUGUAAUUGUGAGGCUCUCAUAAUCGCACGAUCUGCUUCAGAAAGGGCACGCUUAGGACAUUGAAUCUUCGACUCUAAAUGGCUCAGCCAAUGAGAGGCAAGGAACGUGAAGAGAAGAGCAGCAGGUUGUUCUUCGCAAGAUUUCAUCGUUCACCAUAGGACCUUUUGUCUGCUGUUGCCAUGCCGUUCUACGCUGAGGAGCCAAAAGCUGUCAAUGUUCAAUCAACAUCUUCGGGACGAUCGAACAACGGCUCUUCAUUACCGAUAAGGGUCUUCUCAGGUUUGGCGCUUGUGAGCCAAGUGACGGAAGUACAUGAUGAUGAUCCGAGGCAUAGCAGCAGUUGCCAUAAACGUGGAGUCGAGUCGGACUUCGUGUCAUCGUAUCCUUCUUCCAAGAAAUUGAAGACGGUUAAUAUAGUGGAUGAGCCGAAAAUUCCUCCGAGAAUUUUGCAACAGGCUCAGAAGGCGAAGAUUUCUGAUUUCAAAUUCGAUACUGAUGGAUAUGCAAUCUGUUACACGGAUGGAUCCUGCGUCACUAAUUUGAAAACUUCCGGAGUUGGAGUCUGGUUCGGGAAGGAUCACGUUGCGAAUAUUUCGGAACCCUUACCCGUUCCGGGCACGAGUAACCGUGCAGAACUGACGGCCAUUCUCUAUGCAAUCCACGCUGCGAAGGCAGCCGAUGAAACGCGUGUUUCGAAAUGGAUAUCAAGUGAUGAAAAUGGAGAUGCGGAUGAGCUGGCGAAAGCCGGUGCGGCUGAAUCGUUGAGGAUUUACGGAAGUGUGGCUGCGGAUGCCUCAACGAUCAUGAUGACCUCAUCGAAUGCUGAUGACGAAGCCUCGAUCAGGGUCAACGACUACAGUACAGUGCAGUGUAACCCUGUGGUGCUGCUUCAUGCCCACGGCCCAUCAUCGACCACGCAUUUCCCAUUGGAUGGAUCCCGCAAAGUCCAGCAUGAUUCGGAAGAAUGGUUGCUGCCACCUUUAAAAAAUUGUACGGAAGGGACAGCAGCACUAACGCAGCGGGCUUCGUUGGCCAGAUCCGUCUCCCACGGGCCGUGUGGUUGGGCAGCACUGCUGAAUAGCUUUCUUCGAGGCGGGAAAAACUGGGAGGAAGUCCGGGACUCGUUGAAGCAUGCGACAACCGAUAAACGUGAGAAUGAGAAAGCAAUGACGCGGCGCUGA